AUGUUGAUUUUAAUAAAUUAUAUACAUGCACAACUUAUUGGUGGUAGUUUAGAGGAUUAUAUGGAUGAUGAUUUUUCUGUUUUCAAUGAGUCAUUGCCAAUAAGUUCAUCAACAAAAAUUCAACAUUUAACUAAUAAACCGUUGUCUUCUUCAUCUCUAAUAAUAGUAGCUCUAUCCACUAAAUAUACGUCAUCGAAUCCAUUAGACAAUCAUACGGAUACAGUCUUGUUUAAAAAUCAAUCAGCUUCAUCAUCAUCAUCAAUAUCUACUACAACUCAAAAAAUACCAAUAACUGUACCAUCUGUAGCACCAUAUAUGCUUGUUCAUACUCUUGUUGAUCAAUUUAAUCAUUAUCGUAAUAUCGAUAUACUUCUUCAUAUAAAACAAUGUGAUCCAAAAAUGAAAUUCAAUGAUAUGUGUGAAUCAUAUUCAUUUGAUAAUCAUACUUAUUCAUUAAUACGUGAAGCAAAUAUUGAAUUUCAAUCAUUUCAACAUCUUUAUGAUGCACUUAUCGAUCGAGUAGUUGUACAAAAAUUAAAUACUCAUUGUUCGACUGGUCAAUGGUGCAUAGAAAAUAUGACACAACAUGAUAUUCAUUUUACUACGGAUGUUUUACGUCAACAUGGACGUUCGUUUUGCUUACUUGAAAAAUGUCAUCAGCGUCUUUCAGCAUAUGCAAAUGCUUGUCCAGCAAAAUUAACUAAAAAUAUAACUACACCAACAAUAAAACUAUUGCCAAUGUUAUGUACUCUUUAUAAAGAACCACAAAGUUGGAAUUCAAAUGAAUGUAUGAAACAAACUGUAUAUCUUCUUCAUAUGCUUUAUGCAUUUUGGCCACAAAUAGAAACAUGUCAUCAUAUAAUUACUGCUGGUUCCGGUGGUUGCACAGCUGAAUGUUUAAUAUUUGAUAGUAUCCUUCAUAAUGUUGAAAAUUCUUGUAGUAAAAAUGCUUCAUUUUUAAGCCGAGUUCCUACAUUGGCUUGGUAUCGAUUAAUUAAUUUAAAACAAGUAUGUCGUCAUGAAUCAAUUAUAACAAGACCUCCAUUAAUGGAUUCAGUAAAAAGUUUUAUUUCGACAAAUAUGCUUUGGUAUCGAUUACAUCAAAGACCUGUUUAUGCAGCUUUAUUUAUAAUUGUUGUUAUCUGUAUUGUAAUCAGUUUUUCUUUAUGUUUAUACGUUAUGUCAAAAAAUAGUUCUGAUGGAACUACUCGAUAUUUUGAUGAUGAUUAUGAAUAUACACGAUUACAUGAUUCAACAUUUGAACUUGGUGCAAAUACUGAAAUUCCAAAUACAAAUUUAUCAUCUGGUAGAACUAUACGUGAAUCACCAUUUGAUUUAAAUGGUGCUCGUCGUUCAGCUGAACAUCAACGACUAUUACAUAUGGAAUCAUAG